AUGAGUAAUUCAAUUGAACAACUUGAAUUAAGUGCUGCUAAUGCUGCUGUCAUUGGACAAUUCAAUGAAGCGAUCGAUAUUUACUCAAGAAUUAUUCAAUUGGCUACAAAUAGAUUAAAUGCACAUAAUACUUCUUUAGUAUUUGUAAGACGUGCUGGCUACUAUAUUUUUUCUAAAAGAUUCGAAGGUAAUACAUCUGUACAUUGUCUUGAUAUAUUAUCGACUUUUUCAGAAUCACUAGCUGAUAGUGAAACAACAAUAGGUCUUGAUUCAAAUAAUAUUUUAGCAUAUUUACAGAAAGCGUGA